UUUCAGCGGAAAACUACAUUUGCCAUAGCGUAUACAUAAUUAUAGAAUCUAUUUUUGUGCAAAUUUGUUUGUUAACCAAAUCUAUAUGUAUCUAAUGUCGAAGAAUAUAGAUUGAAGAAACCCAAUCAAACGAUUUUGGCAACUCGAAAAUGGUUAUUGAAGUGAUGUAACAGUAGGGACAACGUUUUUCUGCGUCGUAGCUUUGUUUACCAAACAAAUUCAAACCAAUUUUUGCCACAAAAUCAAAUCAUGUCGAAAAAGUGUAGUGUCCGCUCUCUGAGCGAUAGUGCUCUGGCCGAGCUGGCAAAUCUCUUGGUGUCGACCAUUAGUUAUGUGCAAUACGCUCCCGAUGUGAAUUUGGACAUCAACAUUGUGAUGGUCGAGCUGAAUGAGUAUCUCACACAGGCGGGAGCCACUUCAAACAUUUAUCAGGAUCUCCUUAGAGUGAUACUCAGUUCGGAUUAUCUGGAGGCCAACAUGAGAUUCACCUGUCUGCAGAUGCUGCUCAAUUGUGGCGUUACCUUUUUGGUAACCGAGGUCUUUCCCUUUAGCUAUUAUGAGAAAAUAUUGCAGGUAAUCGCCGCCCAGGGUGCCGGCUUACGUGUCCUGAAUAUCAAAGGAAUUUGGGUUAAAGAGGAACACAUGCACUAUAUGUACGAUAUAGUGAAACGAUGCAAGCAUCUGGUCAAACUAUAUGUACCUUAUAUAGCCAAUGAUCAGCUGCUAGAGGAGAUAUCCAAAUCCUGCACUCGUCUUCAAAUUCUCGAUAUAUCGGGCGAGACAGACAUUACAGAAAUCGGCAUCGAUUAUCUGGCGAAGGGAGUGUGUGCUCAAUCGCUGACAGUGGUGGAUGUGGGCAUGCCAGGAGAGGAGAACAUAUGCUAUUCGGAUAUAGCUUUGAUCCUCGAGCGCUGUCCGCAUGUGGAAACCCUGUCGACAUACUCCUUUGUGGGCGCCUCCUUGAAAUUCAUCUACGAUAAUAUCGAUGAUCGAUUCAAGUGUCGUUUGAAAUAUGUCCACGACACGGGCACCGAUGAGACAACGCUUCAGGUUAUAAUGCAAACGUGUCCAAGACUGGAAACACUUUAUCUCGACUCACCCAAAAUGGGUAGUCUUAGGGCUCUUCAUACCAGGACCUUGAGGAAAUUGAAAAUCUAUAAGUUUGCGGUGGGUGAACUGUUGCCAUUGUUGGAACGUCCAAUUGGCAGAAAUCUUAGGCACUUGACCAUGAUCAAGGGCACGGGAAAUCUGGAAUUGGGCAAACUGGCAAGACUAUGCCCUUCCCUAAUCGAUCUCGAUUGUUAUAUGGUUGAUAGUUUAUCCUAUGCGCACACUCAAGGAAGAUUUCAACAGCUCGAGGGAUUGGAGAUCUUAAGUAGUGACUUUAUGACUAGCUCCUUGAAAUCCUUUCUUUGCAAUUGCACAGAUUUGAAGCGAUUAGCUGUGGAUACAGUUGAAUUCACCGAUGAGGAUAUCAUUGGGAUCUUUGUGCAUCACGAUUUCAAAGUCCUGGAGGAUAUUUGGUUUACUUUGGCCCCCGAGCUAACAGUUCAAGCUGUUGAGUUACUAAUGGACAGUUGUCCAGAAUUGCAAUCAGUGGGCCAAUUGACUGGCUGGUCAUUAACACCCGACGAUUUGGCCUUAAUCCGAGGACUACUGAAAAGCGGAAACUCUAGCCUUGUACUAACACCAAAUGGUUUUAUAGCUUGACGCCUCCAAUAACAAUUGCUUUUCCAUCUACUCAGCCCAGGAAUUGGUAGAGAGAAAAAACAAACAUUUUAUUUUUGUAUAUUGUAAUUUUCAUGUGAUAUUAUUGCAAUAAAGAUUUGCUUAAAUUCGA